UGCAAACAUUGCCAAUAAUAUUGUGUUAAUAGAACCAGAGUUGCCCCCACACCCUCCCCUUUCUCCACUACGCAAAGAGGAGAGAAGAGAGAAGAGAAGAAGUAAAUCGCAGCGUGCGAGUAUUUAGCAUAUGGCUGUUAAAACAAGUGUCGAUUAUUUUGAGGUUUCAUUGCUAAUUGGAGGUCCAAAGCGAUCAUAAGUUAACAAAAGCAAACAAGGGCAUCUUACAUACUUACAUAUAUACAUACAUAUACGAGUAUGUGUGUGUGUGUGCCUCGAAGAUGGCAAUAAUAACAAAUGCGCUAAUGUAGUGCUGCGCCAGCGCGCCCUAACCUCAAAACUGCGCAACGGUCAAAUUCGCAACUAAAAACAAAAAAUACAAAUAAAAAAGUGCUUAUAAGCAGCAGCUAAAGCUCAAGUCAAAGCCUUCGUUGUUGUUGUGUCUGACAAACUGGCCGUAAUGUGAAACUGGUUCCAACACACUCUCACACACACACACACACACCAACACGUUUGCAAAUUGCAACGACAACAACAAGCACAUAAUAUUCAUAAUAAUAAUAACCAAAGGCAACAACACGCACAGCCGUAAAAGAGUCCAAUUAUUCAACAACAACAAAAAAAUCAUAAUCAACAUUCUGUGCAAAAUUCGAAAAGUGUUAUCGUAAAUCACGUCUUACACAUGACGUCACUGAACAUCAACCUAUUUGGUUGAUCUCUCCAAAAUUCCAAGCGCAUGCGCGCCUUGUGUGUGCGACUGUGUCCGGCUAUGAGUCGCAGACGCUGAAGGCCGCUUCAGCCAAACUGCCUCCCAACACUGAAGCAAAAGAAAAAUAAAAAUACAAAACAACCCACACAUUCACACACACCCACACACACACACAACAUGCACACCUUCAAAUUGGCCCAAAGGCGGGGCCAGUGCCUUUCCCUGCUACUCCUGCUUUUGGCCCACUGCAUAUGUGUUUGGCCCGCCACGGCGCAACGGGACCGUUAUGCGCGCCAAAAUGGCGGCGGCGGCGGCGGCAAACGUCAUCAGGAUAACGAAAGAUAUUUCUAUCGGAAUACCGGCCACAGGCAACGAACCUCGGCUGUCAGGAACAACCCGCCCCUUAUCACUGCACAAGGAGCAGCCAACGAGGAUAAGCACACGGAGUUCGUGAGGGGCAAGAUCUGCAUUGGCACGAAAUCACGCCUAUCUGUGCCCUCGAACCGGGAGCAUCAUUACAGAAAUCUAAGGGAUCGCUACACAAACUGCACCUACGUGGAUGGCAAUUUAGAGCUGACCUGGCUGCAAGAUGCCAAGCUGGAUCUCAGCUUUCUGGACAACAUACGCGAAGUGACGGGCUAUAUACUGAUCAGCCAUGUCGAUGUCACUCGAGUGAUAUUUCCAAAACUUCAAAUAAUUCGCGGCCGUACGCAGUUCAGUCUAAACUAUGAGGAGGAGAAAUAUGCGCUCUUCGCCACCUACUCCAAAAUGAACACCCUGGAAAUGCCCGAGCUGCGCGACAUUCUGCAGGGCUCGGUGGGUUUCUUCAACAACUACAACUUGUGCCACACACGCACUAUUGAAUGGAACGAAAUCAUAUCGGGGAGCAAUGACAACUUCAACUUUACGUACAACUUUACGGCUCCAGAACGGGAGUGCCCCAAGUGUGAUGAGUCCUGCAACCGUGGCUGUUGGGGCGAGGGUCCGCAGAACUGUCAAAAGUUCAGCAAAAUCAACUGCUCGCCGCAGUGUGCGCAGGGCCGUUGCUAUGGACCUCGACCGCGGGAGUGCUGCCAUCUGUUCUGCGCCGGCGGAUGCACAGGACCCACGCAGAAGGAUUGCAUUGCGUGCAAGAACUUCUAUGAUGAGGGAGUGUGUAAGGAGGAGUGCCCGGCGAUGCGCAAAUACAACCCAACCAACUACAUCUUGGAGGCUAAUCCGGAGGGCAAGUACGCCUAUGGUGCCACUUGCGUCAAGGAGUGUCCUAGUCACCUGCUGAAAGACAAUGGUGCCUGCGUGCGCAGCUGCCCUUCCGAUAAAACUGCCAAGGAUGGCGAAUGUGUUCCCUGCAAUGGACCCUGCCCAAAGACCUGUCCCAGCGUCUUGGUUCUGCAUUCGGGCAACAUUGAUUCGUACAAAAACUGCACGGUCAUUGAGGGUAAUAUUCGUGUGCUGGAUCAAACCUUUUCCGGCUUCCAGGACGUCCAUAAGAACUACUCGCUCGGCGAACGUUUCAUACCCAUGCAUCCCGAUCGCCUAGAGGUAUUCUCGACGGUCAAGGAAAUCACGGGAUACUUGGACAUACAAGGCGUACAUCCGGCUUUCAAGAAUUUGUCCUACUUCCGCAAUCUGGAGAUCAUACACGGACGUCAACUGAUGGAGAGCUUUUUCGCCGCCCUCUCCAUUGUCAAAUCUUCACUGAAGAGCCUUGAACUGCGCAGUCUUAAGCGCAUCAACUCCGGCAGCGUCAUGAUACAGCACAACAAAGAGUUGUGCUACGUUGGCAACAUUCAAUGGCGCACCUUGCAAAAGUCCCCAGAUCAGAAGACAUACAUCUAUGAGAACAACAGCGAGUUCAACUGCACCAAAGAGGGUCUCGUGUGCUCGGAUCAGUGUAAUCAUGAGGGCUGCUGGGGUUCUGGAUCCGACCAGUGUCUCAACUGUAAAAAUUUCAACUUCAAUGGCACCUGCAUUGCGGACUGUCGCAACAUAACUAAUGCCUACCAGUUUGAUUCGAAAACCUGCAAGAUGUGCCACCCUGAGUGUCGCACCUGUUCCGGUCCCGGACCCGAGCACUGCGACGAUUGCGUACAUGUGCGUGACGAGCAACGUUGCGUCACUGUCUGCCCACAGGACAAGUAUUCGGACUAUGGAAUUUGUCGUAAGUGCCACGCCACCUGCGAGGGCUGCACAGGUCCGAAUAAUACCAUUGGCCCCGGGGGCUGCAAGACCUGCAACUUGGCGAUUAUCAACAACGAUGCCAGCAUCGAGCGAUGCCUGAUGAAGGACGACAAGUGCCCCGAUGGCUACUACUGGGAGUAUGUGAAUCCACUAGAGCAGGCUUCGCUCAAACCACUUGCCGGAAAGGCUAUUUGCCGAAAAUGUCAUCCGCGCUGCAAAAAAUGCUCCAACUACGGCUUUCACGAGCAGGUUUGCUCGGAGUGUGCCGGCUACAAGCGUGGCGAGCAGUGCGAGGACGAGUGUCCGCCGGACCACUACGCUGACGAGGCUCUGCACGAAUGCUUCGAAUGCCAUCCCGAAUGCAAGGGCUGCACUGGUCCUGGCGCCGAUGAUUGCUUGGCCUGCCGCAACUUUAAGCUCUUUGGUGAAAGCGACUCUUACGACAACUCCACCUUAUUCAACUGCACAUCCAAGUGCCCGCUGGAAUUUCCACACAUCAACUACCAGUCGCUCAAUUUGGGACCAUUCUGCGCCUCGAGUCCGCCCAAGGGCUCUAAGCUGAGUGCUGCCUUCGACUCGAACAUGAUUAUGAUCAUUGUGCUGUCUGUAUGCUUGAUUCUCGGCAGCGGCCUCUUCAUCAUCGGGUACAUUUACUAUCAGAAGUCCAAGGCUAAGAACGAUACGGUCAAAAUGACAAUGGCCCUCUCCGGCUGCGAGGACUCUGAACCACUGCGUCCCUCCAACAUCGGCGCCAAUCUCUGCAAACUACGGAUCGUAAAGGAUGCCGAGUUGCGCAAGGGCGGUGUACUUGGCAUGGGCGCUUUCGGACGUGUGUUCAAGGGUGUGUGGGUGCCGGAGGGCGAGAAUGUUAAGAUACCAGUGGCCAUCAAGGAAUUGCUGAAGUCGUCCGGUGCCGAAUCGAGUGAGGAGUUCCUGCGCGAGGCUUACAUAAUGGCGUCCGUGGAGCAUGGAAACCUGUUGAAGCUCCUAGCUGUGUGCAUGUCCUCGCAGAUGAUGCUGAUUACCCAGCUCAUGCCUCUGGGCUGCCUGCUCGACUAUGUGCGCAACAAUCGCGAUAAGAUUGGCUCCAAGGCGCUGCUCAACUGGUCCACACAAAUAGCCAAGGGUAUGUCCUAUCUGGAGGAGAAGCGUCUGGUUCAUCGGGAUCUAGCCGCUCGCAAUGUCCUAGUACAAACGCCUUCCCUGGUGAAGAUCACCGACUUCGGUCUGGCCAAGCUACUCAGCAGCGACUCGAACGAGUACAAGGCAGCUGGCGGCAAGAUGCCCAUAAAGUGGCUAGCCCUGGAGUGCAUACGUCAUCGCGUCUUCACCAGCAAAUCGGAUGUGUGGGCCUUCGGCGUUACCAUUUGGGAACUGCUUACCUUUGGCCAACGACCGCACGAGAACAUACCCGCCAAAGACAUACCCGAUCUCAUUGAGGUGGGCCUGAAGCUGGAGCAGCCGGAGAUUUGCUCCCUGGACAUCUACUGCACGCUGCUCUCCUGCUGGCACCUGGACGCCGAAAUGCGUCCCUCGUUCAAGCAGCUGACCACGGUAUUUGCGGAAUUCGCCCGCGAUCCGGGUCGCUACCUGGCCAUACCCGGUGACAAGUUCACGCGUUUGCCCGCCUACACGAGUCAGGACGAAAAAGAUCUCAUCCGCAAGCUGGCGCCCACAACCGACGGGCCCGAGGCCAUGGUCGAGGCUGACGACUAUCUGCAGCCAAAAGCAGCACCCGGUCCCAGUCACCGCACAGACGGCACCGAUGAAAUCCCCAAACUCAACCGAUACUGCAAAGAUCCCAGCAACAAGAACUCUAGCGGCGAUGAUGAGACCGAUUCAAACGCUCGUGAGGUGGGCGUUGGAAAUCUGCGACUUGAUCUACCCGUCGAUGAGGACGACUACCUUAUGCCCACGUGCCAGAGCAGUAGCAACAACAAUAACAACAACACCAUCAAUCCCAAUAACAACAUGCAGAAUGGCCUGAGCGCUGCAGCCACCGCCGGCUACAUGGAUCUCAUUGGUGUGCCAGUCAGCGUCGACAAUCCCGAGUACUUGAUGAAUGCGCAAGCACUAAGCUCCGGCGAGGCGCCGAUUCCCACCCAGACCAUCGGCAUUCCCGUCCUAGGGGUGCCCAGUACGAUGGAGGUGAAGGUGCCGGGCUCGGAGCCCACCAGCUCCGACCAUGAGUACUACAACGAUACACAGCGGGAGCUGCAGCCUCUGCAUCGCAAUCGCAACACUGAGACGCGUGUCUGACACGCAAGCGAGGGGAACCGAGCGAACCGAGCGAACUGAGCGAACUGAGGAAAUGAGCGGCGAAGGCCGAUCCACUGCCAAAAACAAAAACACAUGGAAUAUCUUGCCACGGGCACGGCCCAGAACCCAAGUGCCUUUUUCGGAUGCGAAUGCGAAUGCAGAUGCAGAUGCAGUUGCAGUUGCCAAGCUGCUGCUCCAGAUGUGCCUUUGAAUGCUGUUAUCAUAGAUGGGACCCUUGGGUCCUUGUAAACGAAUAGUCUAGUUGUACAUUACUACCAAUACUACUUACUCGUAGCGUACUUAGCCAGUCCCAGAAUAGACACACCUAUUCUUAGUUGUACAAUUCAUGUGCAUAUGCCUCCUAAUCGAUAUGUUACUCUUAGCCGUAGCCAGCAAAUGUAAUUACGAGAACAAAACACCGAUAGUGCAUUUCUUAGACGCCUCCAGCCACCGACGAUUUUGGCCCUCGAGGCCCGCGGUCAGGUAACAGGCACACACUAAGCUAAACUUAUUUCUAGUUUAAAAAGUGGAUUUCUGUAGCCGCUGACAAAUAUUCAUACUGAUGUUGUUCUAGCCCCUAGUUUCCAACUGUGAUAUAGUUUUAGGCGAGGACUUUUAAUUAUAUUGGUAUACUUAAAUCUAAUAGGAAGACGUCCCACAAAGAAUACUUUCUAGACAACGUUUACUAUUUGUACAAUUAUAGCCGAUUCGAUUUCGAUUCACAAUCCGCCAACCCUUGCAAUAAAACGAAAACUGUUUAAUAGCAACUUAAUGCCGAGCGUGCCAUGCAAAUGCGAUUCCCCACAAGGUUUUUAAUGCAUACUACUUAUCUUCUUAUUUCUUUUUUUUAACUUGGCACAAAACGAACACACUGAUUUAAAUGUAAGCGAAUCAGCAUAGGCUACAAAAUGUUGAUCAAAGAUUUAAAUGAAAAUUGUAAAUUAGUAUACAUAAUAAUUAUGAUAAGCUA